AUGACUGACAGUGUACCGCACGCAGGCCACUCGCGUGCAGUAGGUGGCACGUGGACGCGAGUGACCGUGUGCCGUGUGGUCGGUACAGGUGCUGGCGGAGCUGGGCGUGCGCGCGCGCGCCUGCGCCGCCUGCGGCUGUGCGCCGCCGCCCUGCGCGCUCUGCGGCGUGUCGCCCGACUCCGGCAUCGAGUUCGACCGCUGGACCACGCCGCAAUGACUCCGCCCCCGCCCCCGCGCCCGCGCGACGCUCCUCAGCAUUGCCGUGACGGCGUCGAGAGUGCGCAUGCGCAAGCCGAAGCGUGCCGAGCGACCGCGAGUGAUCCGCCAUAUGCAUUGCUAAUGACGUUUUGUAUGGAGAUUUCUAAUGUAACACCCCCUCGUCUGGUUCGCCGCGGUGGAUCAGGAUCGCACGCGAUCGCAGCGACGACGCGAAGGCGA